UUGUUUUUUUCACUUAUUUUAUAGAAGCUCUGUUUAAUUCGGAUAAGAAUAGCAUGGCAUAUUUGGAUCAUUAAUUGCGGAUUCAAUUAAGUAAAUAAUUGAUUAAUUUAAUAACCUUGUAUGUGUUUGGUUUAGAGCUACAGGUGCCCGUUUUCCGGUAAUUUUGUUUAAAUCUUGUGUUAUUGUUAAAAAAGGCUUUUAAAAAUUACCUGUGAAUACUAACGGAUUAAAUAAUUGACACAUAUCUCACUCAAUUGAGCGGAAUAGAAAUAUUAACUUUUUAGUCCCGACUCUUGGCUGCAGCGAUAAAUAACAUGUAAGCCAGAGCAGGGUAAGAUUAUAAGGUCUUUUGGCUUACCCCUAACCACUUGUUUUGAAAUAUUUUCUGGUUAUAAUCCACUCUCUGGUCACGCAAAUAUCCUUAAAAUUUAUAAUAAAGAGCUCUGAUUGGUUAACAGUUACCUUUGCCAAUUCCAAGGUUUAUUUUUGGACAGUAUAAACUUCAGCAACAACGGAACGGGACUAGCUGGGACCUUUGUCCCUUGACGUACAGAAUCCAUUAUACACGACUUACUAAUGAAUUAUAAGGAGAGACUUGGAAAUCAGACCCCAUUCGAGUAUCUCUUAUAAGCGUGCCCGGUUUAGUUUGGCUGUUAACCGUAUAUUGUACCACCUUCUUGGUCUAACAUGUAACAUGUUUCUGCUUUGACUAUACCCUAAGAACGGGGAUGAAUUCUACCGCUGAUUGAAAAGUAAUUAAAGAUGUCAGAUUCAGAGAAACACCAAGGUAUCGAUGGGAAGAUUACUGACCCGACACAGCACAACCUAAGUGGAAUUGUUGAAGAUAACCAUGUGCAAGAGAGGAGUUGGAGCAUGACAACUACUGAGAUUCCCGCUGACCAGGUAUCAUGGAGCAUGGAGACCACUGAGCUUCCCCUAGACCAGGCAUCAUCCAUAAGCAUGUCGACCAUGGAGGUAUCCGCUGGUCAAAAUGUAGAAUUUGCUGACGGGGGAUCAUGGAGCAUGACAGAAGUGGGGACUGUCGCUGAACAGCAAGAUUCGUGGUUUGUCGAAGAGAUUGGGACCAUUUCAGAUGAAACUACAAUCAUUUCUGAAGAAACCAUGAUAAUUUCGGAAGAGGUUACGGAUUUGGUUCAAUCUUCAGAUGUUAGUAUACAGUGCAAGCUGGAGGAAGAUGCAGUGGGCAGUAAGUAUGAGAGAAGAAUAACAAUUCUGGAGAAGGAAAAGACAAGUAUCACAGAAAUGUACAAGAACACUGUUACGGAAUACGAAAUAUCCAGCACUAAAAUGCAACAGGAUUACGAAGUUAAACUAGCAGAGCUGAGAUCUAAAUGUGAAUCUUGGGAGACCAAAUAUCAUCGGCUUUAUGAUGAACUUGAGACCGAGAAAAGCGAGCAUGUUUCAAUCCAGAGGGCGUACGAGAGUGCUACCGGACAGAUCAGUGUUAUACAGGAGAAGCACAAUGAGGACAUACAAGCACUCCACAAAAUGCAUGCUGAAGAGCGCAAAACUCUGAUUGAUGGGUACGAGAACCAAUUACGAGAAUGGAAAUCCAAGCAUGACCAUCUUAUGGAUACUUAUACCGCGUCAGUGAAGGAUUAUGAAAUAAUGAUCACGAAAGUUAGCCAAGAUUAUGAAGUUCAGAUUGGGGAGUUGAGAAUAAGAAACGAGAAGCUUCUGAAAAGGAGUGAAGAAGCAAACGGCGAGAUUAAAAUAUGGAGAGAAAAAUGUUCAAGCAUCGAGAAAGAAUACCAGACAACGAUAGCUCAGUUGAGAGAGGAAAUGAAAUUGAAGUGGAAAUCAGAAAGGUCAGAAAUGGAAGAGAAAUGGGACAGUGAAAGAAAAAGUCUUUUCAAUAAGAACAAGAAUAAGGUUAAACAAUACGAGGAAAAUAUCACAGAGUUGGAAAUGAAGGUAUCCAGGCUUAGCACGGAGAAUGCAAGAUUUCAAGAGAAUCUUUCAGCCUCUACAAAGCAAAUAGAACACUGGAAAACAAAGCAUUCAUCCCUUCUGGAGCGGCAUGAGUUAGAGAUUCAGGAAUUGAACAUCGAAAUGUCUAAGCGCUUUGAGCUUGAAGAAGACAAGAUUGAAGAUAAUUUUGAGUUUGAACAACGUAAACUAAAGGAUAACCAUCGAGCAGUACUACGAGAAAGGGAAAAUGAAAUGAAGGGACUGAAGGAAAUGUACGAAGAACAAAUCGCGCAGCUUAAAGAAAGCGUUUUGCAAGAAAAGGAUAGAUACAAUCAAUUAGAGACAGAUUGUACAAAAAAGUACUCUGCGUUAAAAAGAACAGGCGACAUGAAGAUUGACGAACUCAAAGAAGAGAUCAGUGCGUUAUCAGCAAAGUUAAAAACAAGUGAAGCACUCUACGAAAAAGAGAAGGCCGAGAUUGCAAACAAUCACGAGAAAGAGCUUACCAAUUUUAAAGAGCGCUAUAGCCAGUUGCAAAAUAACUAUGAAAUUUUGAUGGAACAGUUCGGGGACGUUAAGGAGAAGUCAGAGAUGCUAGCACAGGACAUGGAAAGUAUAAAGGUGCUUCACGCAAGGGAAUUAGAAAAACUUAGUGAAACCUAUGCUGGAGAUCGAUCUAGACUUCUUCAAGACCAAAAAGAGGCUACAGAGAACCACGAACAAGCUAUGACGGAACAACGACAGCGACUAGAAUCUCAAAUUGAAAAAUUGAAAGAAGAGAAUGGUCAAAUGAAAUCCACAGUGUCAGGAUUGGCAUCAGAUGUUGAAAUGCAGAGGAAUAAAGUAAAAACACUUAGAGAACAGUAUGAACAACAGCUAGAAAACACUCGCGCGAAAUUAAGAGAAUCUUACGAUAAAAGAGAAGACAAGAUGGAGGAUUUAAUGGAAAGUGAAAUAACAGAGUUGAGAGAAAAGCAUCAGCAAGAGUUAGGCGAAAUGGAAGAAAGAAUGAAAGAAUUGCAGAAACAGCAUGACGCUGAACAAGCUUCUAUCAAGAAAAAAUGGGCAGAUGAGUUGGCAAGCCAACAAAAUAAAUGGCAAGAUCGUGUACGAGUGUUAGAAAAAGAGGCAGACGGGCAACGAAAGGUACACGAAAAGCAACAGAAUAGCUAUGAAAAGCGUAACGAAGGACUUGAAAAGAAACUUAUGGAUGAAGCUAAUGAAAGAACCAAAAUAAAGGCUAAGUAUAAUGACGAAAUACAAACGUUGAUAGAGGAGCAGAGAGAACUUGUAAGAAAGUACGAAUCUCAGAUUAAAACUGUUGUCGAAGAUUCCAAAACAAGAAUCCUGAAACUUAUAAAUGACCACGAGAACGUGGAAACGGAUUACAAGAAACAACUCAAGGCUCUCAAAAAUGAGAUACUAAGAGUAGAAGAUGAACAUGAAGUAGAAAUACGACAACUCAAGUCUGAUUUCAGGGAACGGAGCGAAAAUGAGAGAACUGAGCUUGAAAAAUCCUUUAGACAAGAAAGGACCAAAAUGAAGAAUUCCCACGAUAAAGAAAUGGUGCAGUUGGAAUCAAGGGAAGACCAGCUGACAAAAGAGAUGGAUACAAAGCUGAAAAAACUAACGAGCGAAAAGAACUCAAUAAAAGCCGAAUAUGUCUCGAAAAUAGCCAGGCUGCAAUCUGAACUUGAAGAAAGCAAUCAGCGAAGUAGAUUGGAUGUAGAAAAUGUGAGGACUGAAAUGGAAAAACAAAGGCUAUGUGAAGUCGAAAAAGUGCGCAAUGAAAUGUUGUCCGAUCUAGAAGAGACCAGAGCGAAGUUACAGAGAAUCGUAAAGGAGUGCGAUGAGAGGAUCUCGAUCCUGACCCAGAAUUACGAAGCACAGAUUCUCCAACUGACCAUCGAUAGGGACAACAUCGAGGCAAAGCUUGAAGCAAUGACAAGAAGAGAACAAUUGGCGUCAGAAGAGUUUGAAAAAAACAUACUUGAUGUGAAAGAACAAUACGAAGCGCAACUGGCGAGAGUAAAGAAAGAGAGAAAUAAACUUAAGCAAAAAUACGAAGAACUCACUGAAGAGGACGAAGAAGAAGACGCCAUUUAUGAAGAGACUAUUGAGAAGCAGAACAAGAGAUUACAGGAGUUGAAGGAAGAGGUAGAGAAUUUGAAACGGAAGAAUGGAAUAGAGGAAAAAAGAUUAAGAGAUGAUAUCAACAAACUCUCUGAAACGCUGGAAAAAGAAAAAAGAAUGGUUAACCAGUUGAAAAAUGAGGCUACCGAGCAAAAAAAUGAUUUCCGACGAAGUGAAGAAGAAAGCUUGAAUGAAAUAAACAACCUUAAAGAUAAAUUGAACUUGGUGGAAAGGGAGAAGCAACGAUUGGCUGAUGAUAUCAAUGCCUUGAGUUUUCAGAAAGAGAAUUUGGUUGCUCGUUACGAAGAAAUAGUAGCCGAAGCACAAAAGGUAUGCAGCGAGGCCAAUAAACAGGAAAUAGAGAGAUGGAAGAACGAGUACAAGAGACGAAUAGAUGGCUUGGAGGAUCAGUUGGAGGCCGAGACAAGAAAAAUGAAACACGCAGAAGAAGCCCUAUUGUUAGAGAGGGAGAAAUCAAUUCAAGAUAAAAAGAAUGGUCUUGCAGAAUUCGAGAAGGAGAAGGUUGCCAUCUACCAGCGUUUUAAUGAUCGAAUAGCAGCAGUAGAGAGUGAGCGGGACAUAUUAGUAAGCGACUAUCAGAAAAAGAUAAGCUCUUUGCGUAGCGAGAUGGUCUCUUUGGAGGAAUCAUAUGAAAAUAUUCUCAGAAAGACAAAAGGAGACAUAAAAUAUCAAGCAGAAAAGGAGAGGGAGGAGAUGGAAGUCCAUUUUGAUAAAAGGGUCGAAACACUCUGUAAGACCCAAAAAGUGAUCAUUGAUGAAUGCCAGGAACGAGUCAGGCAAAUGCAGGAAGACAUGGAUAACCUUUCGCUCAAACACAGACGUGAAAUGGAUCAACUAAGAAAGAAAAGUGCGGAUGAUCUUCUUUCGUUUGAACAGCAGCAGAUCGUAGGCGAAGAGAAAUUGAGAUACGAGAUGAAAGUCGUAAAUGAGAAAAUGAAAAGGGACCGAGAAGUGGAAUUGAACGAGUUAAAAAGCACUUACGAGAAGGAUCUAGAAAAUGCUAGAAUGAAGAACAGAGAGGAUGUUCAAGCUUACGAGACGAAGCUAAAAGAAACUUUGCGAGACUAUGAAGGGCGAUUGUCUGAUUUGACCAUCGAGAAGCAGAGGAAUGAGGAAAGGAUCAAAGGCCUUGUACGAGAUCUUUCAACUCUUAAAGACGAAUUUUCGCUAAUGUCGAAUCAUCAUAAAGAGAAUGUAGUAAAGAUAAAAGAAGACGCUUUGAAAAAUCUUGAAAGAGAAAUUGCAACAUCAGAGGCGAUUCACGAGAAGGCUUUGGCAGAAAUGUCAAGGAGGUGUGAAGGACUAGAGAGGGAGAGGAAUUACCUGAUAGCAGAAAUAAAUACAAUUAAAGAAGUGAACAAAGUUGAUUUUACAAAGCUAGAGGAGCAGUUUCGGCGAGAAAAAGAGCAGCUUUGCAAUGAGAGAGAUGACCUUCAAGUAAAGUACGACAAACUCUAUCAAGCUGACCAAGUGGACGAUGCCAGAUAUGAAGACACUAUAAAAGACCUCAAGAAUAAGCUUCAACGACAAGUCUUUUUGCUUGAAGAGAAACAAAUGGAGUUCAGUGCCAAACAGAGAAAACUUGAGAGGCUCGGAGUAGAGCUUGAAGAAGCUUUGGAACUGGAAAAAGAUGCUCUUUGUAGAUGCCAAUCAGAACUUGCCAAUUGCAAAAAUGAGCUGGAAAUAGCAAAGCAACAACACGAAGAAGUAAUCAAGGGGAAGAUGCGCGAAAUAAGUCAGCUAAAGAAGGAAUGCGAGGAUCUAAAUGCAAAGAUUCAAGCUAUGAGCCUUGAGAAAAGGGCUUUAGAAUUAGAUCACGAUCAGAUGUUGUCAAGCGAAAUAAGAGAAAAAGAAAAAGUGGUGGAAGAACUUGCAACUCUUCGCCUAACGUUGAAUGACGAACGGGAACAGAAGAUGACGUUAAGCAAAAAUGUGAAGGAAUUAGUAAACGAGGUGGUGCAGAUAAAGCAACAUGUUCAACAAUUAGAAUCACAGCACAUUGAAUCUCUAGCUGUGGUGAGGAAAGAACUUGAUGCAGAAACGAAGAGAUUGAAUGAUAAAUUCCUUAGCGAUGUUCGCGAAGUGAAGGGUCGUUUGGAGGAGGAAAUGGCGAAUCACAGCCGCACAAGGAAAGAUAAAAGUAAACUAACUGAGAGUGUUAUAGCUCAAGAACAAACAGUGGAAGAGCUUAGAAGAACAAUUAAACAGCUACAGAACGAUAAACACGAAUCCUCAAAAGUUAUUAAAGGUCUCGAGGAUGAGAUAGAGAGAAUACGGAAAGAAACCCAGGUUAUGUCAGCUAAGUUCCAAGAACAGAAACAGUUGCUUGAAGAUCUGAAAAGGAAGAACCAGAAUGAACUAAUAAGCCUUCAGAAUACCACACAUGAGUACAAAGACAAACUAAAUAAUUUAGAGUUGAAUAAUUCUAGACUGACGACAGAAGUCGAUCUGUUCCAUUCCGAAAAAGAAAGAUGGGAAGAGGUGGAAAAGGGCUACAGAAAGGCAUUGGAAAAACUGAAUGAAAAAAGCCACCAUCUUAAAAAGGAAAACUUGAAUUUGGUCCAAGAAGGUGAAGAACUUAGAAGACGUAUUUGUUGGCUGAAAACGGAGAACGAAACGAUGUCUGUCAAGUAUCAGGACAAAUGUGACACUUUGGAGAGGGAACUACGACAAAAGGAUCAAAGACAAGCCAAACUGGAGGAGAGUAUGGAGAAAAAAAUCAGGGAUUUUGAAAAUCAGAUCUAUCGGUUACAGCAACAACUUUCUGAGGCUCAUGAGAUACAAAGUAAAAACAAGGAGAGAUGGGAAAAUGAAAGGGAAAUGUUGAAUCAGAAAUAUAAAAAAGAGAUACAAGAGAAACAUUUCGAAUUACAAAGCCAUAGAGAAGAAAUGCAAUCACAGAUAUCUCUUCUUGAAGAAGAGAGAAUAUUAGACAAAGACAUGAAAAAUGAGUUGAGGAAACUUCAGGAAGAUGUUAAAAAACUUGAGAAUGAGAAAUCGACAGUUCAAAGCCGACUUGAAAAGCAAAAUUCCCACUUAAAAUUAGAACUGGAAGGAUUUCAAACGAACCAUGAGAGGAUAGUAUCUGAAUUUGAAAGAAAACACAAAGAAGAGCUUGCUCGCAUUAGCCAUCAGUGCGAAAUGACGAAAAAAGACAUGGUCAAAAGAGGCGUGGAGUCAGUACGAGAGAGAUUUCUGAAGGAAAAAGGGGACCUUCAAAGGCAGUACGACGAAAACCUUCGCAGGUUAUCAGGUGAGUGGGAGGAAAAAAUAAAAAAAGACAGAGAAUGCCUAAAAAACGAUUCAGAAAAGCUUCACCUUGAAUUGAAAAACUUGAAAAAAGAAAAGUGUUUGCUUGAAGAAGAGGCAAAAAAGCUUGCUGUGAGAUGUGAAGAGCAAGAUAGGAGUAUUGCUGAAUCUGUUACAUUGGAAAGAGGGAAACUACAUAAGGAGUACCAGAAUAGACUACAAACAUUAGCCAGGGAACAGGAGCUACAUAUUGCUAAAAUUAAAGCCAGUGAAAAGACUUCAUUUGAGAAACAAAUAAACACUUUCAAACUGACCCUAGAGCGAGAACUGAAAUCUGAAAUGUCUAUGAAAGUUCGUCAGGAGAUUAAAGUAAAGGAGGAACAGAUGAAAAGAGAGAUGAAUGAACUAAAAGAUGGUUGCAAGAUACACAGCAAUGAACUGAGGGAGCUAAAACGACAAUUGAUAACCCAGAAAGAUGUCUUUGAGAACGAAGUGAAGCUGCUUCAAGAGAAUCGCAUCCGGGACAUGGAGGAUUUGAGACGUAAGCUGGAGCACGAAAAGGCGAUGGUGGAGAUCAACCGUGAUGCUUUGCAGGAGGAGCUGAUUAGGCUUAAAGGGGGCACAAUGUCAAGUAUCUGUCAGUUGAGUCAACGGAAAUUUGGCUCACUGGGAAUCAAGAACCAGCCGCGUUUUCAUGAAAUAAAGGAAACACAAAAGCAAAAUAACAAAAUGUCGUCAUUUGAUGAGAGUGUCAUUAAAAAGCUCCAGAAAGAAAAACAAGAAUACGAAAAUCAAUUAAACAACUUGCAAGGCGAGCUGUUUUCAUUGCGCAGUGCUAAACGUGACCUUGAAGGUAAACUUGAGGAUAUUCAAUACAAAUAUGACCAGCUCUUAAAGGAGCAGGCUCCUAUGGAAAACACCGCUAACACUGAAUGUCCACACGGUGGCGCAUGUUACAGGAUUCACAGACAAGGCGAAGCAUCAAUGGUGUCUUAUAUGUCCGACACGUCUAGUCUUGAUCUAGACACUGAAAAACCGGUCAAUGUUUCGAAUGUCAAAUACCUACAGCAUUACGAGUCUGAUUUGAAGAAACACGACCGGUUUACCCAAGAGAUAGAGCACGGCUUUAUUACGGGGCAACACCCAUCAGUAUCAAACACAAUCCUCUCGGAGCAAAGCAAGUCUGAUUUGAUGAGACACGGGUACUCGCAAGACAUUGGGAGUGGCUUUCAAGCUCGACGUUGCCAACCAGUCUCAGAUACCCUUCGCACAGAGCAAAGUGCGUCUGAUGUUAUGGGACACGUCGAGUACACCCCAGAUAAGGGGCGUGGCUGUCAGUUUGAGGAUGAGCUUAGGAGAAUGGGGCAACACCUUGAGGAUUUAGACUCACGCCACGAGCAGGCGGUAACUGAAAGCAGAACCCAAAGACCAAACCACGAAGCCACGGAUACCUACAUAUCUACCCCAAGUAUUAGAAUAGAUUUUUAAAAUGUUUGUUAUUUGUUUGUAAGAAUACGGCUUAGUUUAUAAGUUAAGAGGAACAUAACUAAAUACAGGGUAAAGUUUACUUUCAAUUAAUCCGUGAUAGUGGACAUGACGGAAAAACCUGGACAAUACGCAUUUCUAGAUAGAAAAAGAAGACACAAUUUCUUAGAAUGGCUAUCAGUUCCUUGUAUUAGGGACUGAUUUUCAAAACACAAAUAACGCGAGACCGAAAUGCACUUACCGAGUUUUAGGCUUUUUAGAUAUUUUUUCCUUGUUCAUCCUUGCGCAAUAUAUGGGCUCAGGGACGAAAAGCUCAAAUUUCAAUGACACUUUACAAAAAGUCGCAUUUGAUAUUUUGUUAGCUAUUACUCACUAAGUUCUUAAAUUUUUCGCCUUAUUAGAUGUGAUAUGGGCUUAUUUGAAGCUUCAUGUCAUGUUUUUCCGUCAUGUUGUGGUGGUGAAAAAAACAUUUUUUACGUUCGUGUACCCUCAACCCCAUGAAAAAAUGCCCCGAUAACCCCUUUUUGAGCUAUAACUAUAAACAAAUUAUUGCACCCCUGCCUUGUCCCAGACGGUCUUAUCGGGUUUUCUGUGCUCGAAGAUACACCGUGAGGCAGGUUAGGGUCUGGGGUGAUUCCUGUAUUUUUUUUACAAACCACAGGCAGGCCAUCAGAAAACUGGGUAAGAACGCCUGGGACUUUAGGCGGCUUGCCAGAAUUUUUGGGCCCCAAUCCCUUGAGCAGCCAUUGUUCAAAGUCGAGUAAGACAUUUUGCCACUUUUUACCGGUCCAAAGUUUUCCCGCUCGAUAUUAUGUAAACGCACCACUGAAGCAUUAUACUAUCGUGAUUGUGGUCUUUAAAAUGAAUGGUGGAAAUGUGUAGGAUAUGAUAUACUGCAAUAAAGCUUAUCUAUAAGGUU